AUGUGGCGAUCCCAGGCCUUGUGCGCGCUGACCGUCGCAUGCGUCCUCGCGCUCGCGCCCGGCGCCUCCGCCGGCAAAUGCGACGCCGAGUGCCGCCCUGGUAGCAGCACCUACUGCCUGGCACGCAUCGCCGGCACGUGCGCCUCCCAGGCCAACGCCGGCUGCAAGCAGAAACCAAACGAGCCCUGCGACCUCUACGCCGACUCCGCAUCCGCUUGCGCAAACACGGCGCACUGCCCCGGCGGCGUCCUGCUGCUGCGGGACGGGAUUGCCAACGCCGCCUUCCCAAAGUGGAAGGCGGUCCCUGACGUGCUGCACUCCGCCGCCGACGCCGCCAGCGGCAUCGAAUCCCUCGCCAUGGGCACCACCCAGGGUCAACCCUACAACGCCAUCUUUGCCAAGCUGUGGUCGUCCGCCAGCAGCAACGCCAAUCCUUGGAGCUCCACCUUCUACACCAACGGUGCCAAGCCCGUCGGCCUCGCCGUCAACGACUUUGCGCACCGCACCAGGCACCUGCUGCACGUCCACCUGGGCACGCGCAUCGCCAAGCUCAGGGAGUGCGCCAGGGCCGCCGCUGCCGCCAUCAACUGGGCUGCCAACACCUGGUCCCCCAGCGCUUACAAGGGCCCCGAGUGCGACUUCAAGGGCAUCCCCACCGCAAACGACGGCGGCCACCCCGACGUCGGCGGCGCGCCCAUGGGGGUGGGCUCCGCUGUAUGGGCCGCCUUCAACAAGGUGCCAUUGCAGUCGCUCAAGGCGCCGCCGUCCACCACAGACAUCCCCGCGCACCACACGUCGCUGGCCGUCACCCGGGUGUCCAACCAGAGCAAGUACUACUUUGCCAUCCUGCUGGCCAAUGCAGCCGGGAAGCACAACACCGGCGAGUACCAGUUCUUGGAGUCGUCAUGA